AUGCCUUCUGCGUCCAAGGUUCAGCUGGCCCGGCACUACUACAAGACUAAAGCCGACCUCGCUAGCUCGACCAGGACCAAGAGCAAGCGAGACCCCAAGCCACUCAAGGGUAGGCGUAAGGUUGCGCGUGCAGAAAGGGAGGCAGCGAGAGCCCGCCAGAGGCUCAUGGACACACGCGAGUUUGCUGAAUACGACCUGCGAGUGGUGUCUCGCCGCACGAUUCGUGACCCAGAUCGUACGUCGGCUAUGGAAGCCAACGAGGCUCGCUUAUGGAAGAUGUGUACGGCCUGUCACAAGGAGCUCGGGGAGGGAGUAUACCGCUUGUACUUGGCCAAACGUAUCAAGCGCCUCGAGGCCAUGGCCUGUUCGGGAUCUCUCCCAAAAGACGAGACUCAGUCCUUCCUUGCGCUUCGGCGGUUGGUAGCCCUUCUGGCGCAGGAGCGAGUCAUGCUGGACACGAAUGAAGCACAGUUGAAGGCGGCCGGGUUCGACGGCACGUUUAUCGCUCUCGGCAGGACCAUCAACAAGAGAGGUUUCAAGAGGGAGCUUGGGUGGUACACGGAAGACGAGCUGCGAGCGUGCUAUGAAGAGGGGCUGCGCACGGCGGCGAAGCCGGAAGACCUUCCAGUUUCUGAGAGCGAUAUUUGA